UGAAAUUCCUAUAUCUUUGAUGUGAGGAAAAAAAAAUCAAAAAAGUUGAAAAAAUAAAUAAAUAAUAGAGUAAAAUGAAAUGCCCUGGUUUAUAUUGUGGCCGAAUGCCAUUAGAAAACAAUACAUUUAGCGAAUGUGGGGCCUGCGAUAGAGGAUGGAAACGAAAUGAAGAGCAUCUGUGUGAGCCUUGCUACGAUAACUUAGUUCUAUAUGAUUGGUUGUUUCUUGCUUUUGCAAUUAUCGUUCCGCUCUUGAUUCAUUCAUUUCUCAUUGAUUACACUACGCAACAAAGAAAAUUUUCCAAAGAAAUUAUUUUUCUGUAUUUAUGUGCAGUUGCUGAAGUUGGAAUUUCUGCAAUAUUGACAGUACUUUUAAGUGAACCAAUGUUAAGUUUUAAGAUAUAUUCUUGUGGUGUUAAUUCGUUGAGUGAUUGGUACACAUAUUUCUAUAAUCCGACUUUACGCUUCGAAAAAACUCUGACAUGUACACAAGAGCGAGUUUAUCCACUGCAGACCAUGGUUUUAGUGUUUUAUGUGCUUUGCGUGUCUUUUAUGCUUCUAUUUCGACCUCUUAUGAAUGAAAAAUGCAAACCUAAAAUUGAGAAGUCAUCUUUAGCAAUAUAUUAUGCUCUUUAUGCUUUUCCAUUGCUCGCCAUAAUUCAUUCAAUUUUUGGAGGAUUAGUUUACUUUGCCUUUCCAUAUCUAAGCAUAAUUAUUUCAUGUGCAGCUAAUGCAGGGCACUUUGCUAUGAAGCUUGAUCAAUCAAUGAAAAGUCUAUUCAUCACCUCUAUAAUGGAUAUUAGAAAUAUCAUAAUUAUAGUUGGAAAUUGGAUCCUAUUUUCAUUUGGAAUUAUUUCGAUCAAAAAGCUUUUCUUGCUAUUUCUAACACCAGUUCCUUCAAUAUUUUAUAUUGUAACAUCUAAAUACACCUCACCUGAAAUAUAUUAAAUUGAGUUGUGUUUGUAAAUUUCAAAUGAGAAAAAUAAAAAUGAAACUUUCAGUUAGAUAAAAAAUCUAUUUUUUCUUUUAC